AAAAAAUAUGUCGGACGUUUUGACUUGAUCCUGUUCAUAGAUGGCGUUGUGAAAAAUGAUGAAAACAAUCAAACAAUGUUUUGAUAUUUAACUGUGACAGAAGAAGCAAUAUUGUUGAUAGUUUUAGUUUAACCAACAGUAUGGCUGGAACAGUGAUGUCACUGGACAUAGUCAGCAUUGACCACUGUUAUUCAAAGCCCUGGAGUGCCCACCCAGAUGCCAGCAAUGCACGUCCCCUCCGUACCCUGUACAUGGACAAGUUUCCAAGAAACAGAAGCCUGGAACAGUCCCUACCGGAGCCUGAUAUUCAAAUAGAUGUUGAGUCCGUGACCCCUGUCAUGCCGGUAAUGUAUGACACGAGUAAGGCGCGCAGUCUGAUGUGUGAGGUGGAGAGACAAGUGCUCAGUCUCCAUGAUGACAGGGGAGAUGAGUGGGAGGACAAGGUGAACAGGGUUGGUUGGACUCCCCAGCAAAACCGGCUAUUUAACAAAGUCAACAAGCUUCUAGUGGGUGACAGGCUGUCCAAACUAGCUAAUGUCGGGACCAAGAAUGAGCCAAUACAGAGAAGGAACCAGGUGGAUAAAACUGCCAAGAGGGUCAGACAUGCUUUGGCUACCUAUAAAUGGAACCCAAAACUGAUGCAGUGGUUACAUGGAGUGUUGUUGGACAAUUUAGGAACACAGGCGUUGGCUAUAUAUCUAGAAGUGCUACAGACUCUAAGAACAAAGAUACCAAGCCUGAUUGACCGUAUGACCUCUGUGGGUGGUACCUCGCUGCGAUCCCAGCAGCUGUCAGGCGAGGUUCUUGCCAACAUCAUCAAAAAGUCCUGGGACCCCAUUCACAGCACUUACUCACAGAUGAAACUGAAAAAGCUGCCAGGGAACCCCUUGAUCUUGGUAGCCCCCAGCGGCCCCACAGGCCCUAACAGCCCACAGACUAAGAGGAUGCGAUACUGGAACAACCAGCUUAUGGGGCUCGGGAAGGUUAUACCGGUCAUGAUGCACAUGAUCAACACUGGCAGCGGGGUCAGCAUUGCCCAGUGCCUUGAGCAUAUGAUUGUGGCUGUGAGAACUAAAGUUGAAGAGCUGAAGUCCCACUUUGUGAACAGACCCAUAGUUCUUUUGGGUUGGAACAUUGGAGCUCUUGUUGCUUGUCAUGUGGCGUUACAGGAGAGCGUGUCAGCCAUUGUGUGUCUGGGAUUCCCAUACACUGGUGUCGGCGGAGGAAGAGGAGAUGCUGAUGACCAAUUGCUAGACUGCCGAACCCCAACCCUGUUUGUGAUAGGCCAGCAUGCGAACACCUGCUCAAUUGAUGAUAUUGAAGACAUGCGUGAGAAAAUGCGGGCAGAAAACAGCCUUGUUGUUGUUGGCGGGAGCGAUGAUAAUCUUAGAAUGUCACGGGCAAAGAAAAAGUCAGAAGGCUUGACGCAAAUCAUGGUGGAUAAAGGGAUAUUGGAUGAGAUAUCAGACUUCCUUGGAGGUGUGUUAACCCAGGGAGCGAUCAUGCAGGAGUCGGUUAUUGUUGACCUUUCCGAUAUCAGUGGUGCUCGGAAGACUGUCCAGGUUCAGGACAUUGACAGCUUUGCUACACAGACCACUCUCGAUGGAUCAGAGGAAGGUACACCUGGGCGACUGUCAAUAGCAAAAGCCUUGCGGGCUCGUGCACUGGGCAGUUCAUCCUCGUUUGACUCACCCCAGAGUGUCAGCUCUGUGGCUAGCAUGGGGUCUCCUGUUAGAAUCAAAAGGAAAUAUACAAAGCGUAAAGAUGUGACAAAGCCCCUUGGCAUCCCCAGCCCGAGAAAGAGGUUCCGCUCCACUCCGACCCCACCCCCCAUGUUGAGCCCCGUAUCCAUGGUACAGUCACCGCAGUCAGCUGGCACCCUUCAGACAAUGGCUUGUGCUCCAGAGCUGAGUGGUCUAUUGCAGUCUCGCUUACCAACAUUCCGCAUUGUAACAGAUGAGAGGGGACAGAGUAGGGCUGUGUUUGCCACACCUGCUACCCCCACCUCUCAGGCAUCAACAACUGAGGCACCACUCGUCAACUUGCCCUCACCCGCUAUUUUAGGGUCCUUAGAAGAGCCGCCCCUGGUUGCCUACAAACUAGAUGACUACCAGAAGAAGUUUCAAGAUCCUGAGCCAACAGCUCCCCGGACCACAGCUAUAUCUAUGGAAGCAAUCAUCAGGGCUCAGCAGGCAUCACAGAGCCAAGCCCAACCAAGCACAAGCACUCCAAUCUCAUCACUUUUGUCUCUUGCGAGACAGAUUCCUGGUGUUAGUUCACCCUCGUCUGUGGCGUCAACCAUUCAGCAAUUGUUGUCAUCCCUGGCUAGAUCACCUUUACCAACAAGUGUGAUCUCACCAAUUAUAAGUAGCGCACAGGGACUCAUUUCUAGUUCUCAUGCUGCUCAAUCUGAAGUUUCUGGUAUUCAGCAAAUUAGCCAAUCAGCUGGCUUGUCACAGAUUCAAAUCAGCCAAUCAGGUUCACCAUUACAAAACAGUGUUCCAACUCUGAUGAGUUCAUUGGCUAAGAGCUCAGCUAUCCCAGCCAAUAGCUUGCUGAAGAGAAUGACAUCAGUAACCAUAGAACAACCAACAGAUCUUGCAGCAAAAGCUGCAGCUCCAAAGCCUGAGGUUCAUGAAAUUGCUACUCAGUCAAGACUUAUGUAUGUCACGCCAUUAAAUAACCAAGAAACCACAACCAUUGACCUAACUGAGGACACAGACGAUAAUGAAACAGAAGUUGCUCAGAACAGUGGACCUAGUGCCAAUUCGCAGUCUUCUAUUCAGAUCACUGUAAGCAGGCAAGGUGCUGCCCCAUCAAUUGAACAGUCUUCCUCUUUACCUCAAGCUAUGAGCUUAAGCAAACACAAUUUCAGUAACCAUCCAUCAACCAUAAGCUCAACAAAAAUUUUGAUAGAAAACCCAUCGCCAGUAAAAGUAAGUCAACCACAGUUAAUUGCAUCAAAGAUCAUUGCAGAAGAUGAGGCAUCCAAUGAACUUCCUCAACUUAUCGCCACAAAAAUCAUUGAAAAGGAGGAAGAACCAAUAAAUACUGAGCCUCCACAACUAUCAGCAAUGAACUUAAGAACAGAUAACAAAGCAUCACAUGGCAUCCUCCCAAGUUCUAGGGAAGUAAUUACUGUCAACAAGCCCAUACAAAGCGCUUCUGCUCAAUUACCCAAAACCACUGUAACUUUGGUAUCCACACCAGUAUUGUCUUCACCAUCGGUUCCUUCACAGUCAUUGAAAUCAUCAGCAACAAAACUAGAUGAAGAACCACAUGUUCAGGCUACUUUAGAAUUGGAAACGGAUAAAGGGACUCUUAAAGAUGCAGCAUUACCGGUAGAUCUGACUGCACCACAUUCCAACACAAGUAGGGUGAAAGCAGCUGAAAGUGAAUCUCUGUCCUCAGAGAAAAAUGUUACAGUGACAGUUAUUGGAGGGGCUUCAAAGUCUUCAGCUUGUAAGGAAUUGUCUGAUCCAGAAAUGACCACCUCUCAGCCGUCUGGGAGUAUGAAUACCAUGACGGUUACUGUAGUAGAAGGAACAUUGAAGGGUUCAACUAAAAAAGAGGUGUCUGCAUUAGCUUCAAACUCUGAAUCAUCUGGAAUAACAAAACAAUCAGGUAGUAAAGUGGUGUCAAAAAGUGGAACAACUUCUGAGUCAUGUGCAAAGACUGUGACAGUUAAUGUAACAGAAGGAGGAUCUUCAAAGCCUUCUUCUGGUCAAGCGGUGGCCGGAGUAGCGUCAACCUCUGAAACAUCUGGUACACCUAAGCAAUUCACUCCAAAAGUAGCUCCUGGAUCUGCACAACUCGGUGACAGUUCAGCAAAAUCCAAGCAGGCCUCACUGGCUUCUACAAGAACUAGAAGAAUCAGGACUCCAAAACAUCUGGACCUUUAAUGAAACACUUAAUACUUGCUGUUAACUCUUUUGUUCAUUGUACAAACAUAAAAGACCAACCUAUACCAGGUUGUUGAAGUCUGGCUUGUUUAUGUAAAUGUAAACAAUAUAUGCUCUAAAAUCUUUUGUAAAUAAAUGCGUAAAAGCAAGUUGAAGACAUUGAUGUUUUCCCCCAGAUAAGGCAAUAUAUAUCUUGGUUUUGAUGCCGGAGGCGGUUGUUUUAAUUAAUCAUAAUCAUCAUU